UUAUAGAAUUUGGAAGUGUUACGGGAAUAUAGGAAUGAUACAUUGCGAGUCAUUCAUCUUUGGUCAACGCAACGGUGUUCGUUUUCGUUACCAUUCACGCAGGCAGACUUAGGGUUCCAUCUAAAGAAGACCAAUUCGAUUGACGAUCGGACGUGGGGAGGCACAACACAACCCACGGACGACCAACAUCAGCUUCCAAUUCCUUACCACCCCUAAUCUAAUCGCUGUUUGUUAUGUCAGGUCCUCCAGUUUGUACAUUCAGGAGAGUUGGUUCAUUAUUCUUAUAUAUGAGAGUGCUUUUGAAAGUUAGAGCUACUUGAAGAUGUCUAGGAGGAGGGCCAAAACGCCUGGAUGGGCUGCAUUUGACCCUAAAAACCAACAGAAACAAGUUACUAAUAUCGAAACACAUAAUGACCCAUACCCACCAAUCUCUACUACAUUGCAACACCACCAAAAUCCUUCAACAAACGGUAAUCUUACUGGGAAAUCUUUCUUCUCUGUCCUAACUCACUCAUCAGCCAGCACGACUGCUCAUAGCCCUUUAAUGGAAAAUAGUCAGAGUGACAAGAUGACUUCCAACAACAUCUCUCGAGUUUAUGAGAAACUCAAGGUAGAUCAUCCAUGGGCUAACGAGAACUUAAUAGAGGAUAUAGUAGAAGCUGUAGAUGAUGAUUUUGACAAAGCCUCGGCUUUACUAAUUGAGAUGGCUCCCCAGGAGAAGAAGGAAGCGGAGCUUGACAAUAAUAUUGAGGAGGUUGGUCUUGCUGCAAAGUAUUAUGAACGGUUAGAUGAGCAUAAUAAUUCCGAGAAGGUGCUUGUUGAUGAUAAUUUACCGUUAGGGUUCAUGAGUAUGAUCCCAGUGGAGCCUGAAUGGGAAGAUGAUGACAUGUAUCUUAUGCAUCGGAAAGAAGCGAUCAGGGCAAUGAGGUUAGCCUCUCGCCACUCAAAAGCAGCCAGUGAGGCCUAUUUAAGAAGAGAUCACACAGCUGCACAAGAAUAUUCUCUUAAGGCUCGAGAAGAAUGGAGUAAUGCGGAAAAGCUUCAUGCUAAAGCGGCAAAGGAAAUAUUAACCAUCAGGAACUGUGAAAAUGAUGAUUGGAAGUUGGAUUUGCACGGUCUUCAUGCCACAGAAGCAGUGCAAGUUUUACUAGAGCGUUUACUGAAGAUAGAGUCUCAGUCGUCGUAUGCUACAAAACCCGAUAAAACCAAUCUUAAAGUAGGUCUAGAAACAGAAAAAUCAGAUAGACAACAACAGUUAUCUAAGCCAAGAUUGUUGGAAGUCAUUACAGGUAAAGGUAGUCACAGCCGAGGGGAAGCUGCGCUUCCAGUAGCAAUUAAAAGCUUUCUCAGUGAAAAAGGGUACUAUUACUUUGAGGCAAGAAUAGGUGUUAUAACGGUACAGCCUAAAUUCCGGCAACUGUCAACUGCUUUGUCAAAUCACUAGUAGCGUUGUACUAUUAGAAGUGAUGACGUUGACUUUCGAGAGUCAAAUGGACUAGUCUAUAAGUUUAGUUGAUUAUUUUUAUUAAUUAAUUUGUUGAAACUUAUUAUAUGUAUAUCAAAUUGUAUAAUAAGCUCUAGAAACAUACAAUACUGGUGCUGAAAGUGUAAAAUAUUUUAUAUGUAUUUUUAGUUUUUGGAAAGUAGCAGGUUUGACAAUAAAAUGUCAGAUCAGUGUUGUAAUUUGUAAGCAAAUUCUUGCAAGGUACCUUUUUCCUUAUUGAUUUUGUGUAAUAUCUUAUUUGA